AUGGUCCAAAGAAGACUCCGCCGUGUCGAAGCCAUGAAUCUAGGAAUUAUUCAAGUAGCAAAACACUUCGUGAUCUCACGAAAAAACACAAGUUGUAUCAAAAUAGCAGAAGAUCAUCGUGACUGCGAGUCCGAUUGUCAAUCGAAGUUCAGGAGCCAUACGUUAGAUUUUUUCAGAGGUUGGAUUUUUUACACGAGCUUCAGCAACGGAGUCGUCUUUUCUUCUAUCAUUUUUCACGCUGUCUAUUCGUGCUCCUGCGCUGGCGCUUGCAUUCCGAGACAUGCGCGGAGAAAGGAAGGUUAUGCGCAAGCAAAAGGCCCCCGGCAAAGAUCCUUCCGGAUAGCGGAGCGCCCGUGGCGGCGAGCUCGCAGUCUUUGGCGGGAACAAGCGAUAGUGUGA